AUGAAAUUUGGAACCAACGUAGCCGCGCUACUUUCGAUCUUGGCGCUUUGCGUCGAUCACACCGAAGGCCAUGGGCGUGUGGUGAAGCCCCCCCAUCGAGGCUACCUUGGUAGACUCCCGAAGUACUCUGCGUUUGUGCCUGUCAACUACGACGACGAUGGACUGAGUGCCGGAGGUCUCGGCGCGACGCGAGGCGGAAAGCAUGGCGUUUGUGGUGACCCGUACAACGGAGCGCGGGAGCACGAAACCGGCGGCAAGUACGGGUUGUUCCCCAAGCAUGGCAGCAAAGUUAUUGCGGCGUGCUACGCCCCUGGGGCGACCGUCGACAUCGAAGUGGACAUCACGGCCAACCAUUGGGGGUACUUUACGUUUGGCUUGUGCAAGUUGGACACGCGAGAGAGUAAAGAAACCGAAGAGUGCUUCCAGUUGCUGGCCCAACCCAACGGCGAAACCAAGUGGCCCGUGCCGUAUGGCGCCCCGGGCUCGGACGCCACCGCCAACUUGCAGUACAAACUUCCAGCGAGCGUCACUUGCGAAGGCGAGUCCCAUUGUGUGUUGCGCUGGUGGUACACGUCUGGCAACAACCCUGGAGGCGUGAACGAACAAGAACAGUUCUGGAACUGCAUUGACAUUUACAUCGGCAACUCGUGCGGCGCUACUCCCCCGUCGUCGCCCACUGCCGCGCCUGCCACGACGACCUCCAAGGUCCCUGUGACCUACCCCCCUGUCACCACCACGAAGUCUCCUGCCACGACCGUCAAGCCAUUUCCUUCAUCUUACGCCCCAAUUACCCCUGCUACCCCUACGCCUUCGCCAUUCACGCGAGGUCCCACGGUGAAGCCAACGGUGCCCCCCCCCGCCGGUACCUGUGGCGGGUGUACCAACUGCUACUACGGCCCCACCAAGGCCUGCUUUAGCGGAUGGACCAAGCAAGACUGCUCGACCAACGCUAUUUUCACCUGGUGCGGUGCUUAA